AUGGCCUCAUUUCUGCGUCCGAACUGGUUCGGCAUCCUCGGUCACCACGUCUCGUCAAUCCAUCGGGCACAUACGACAACCGCAAUUCCGCAUCCUCCGCCGCACACAACUCUCAGAAUGGGCCUCGUCGACGCCAAGAACAAGGUGCCUGAGCACCAGCGCUACUACCAGCAGGCUUAUAGGGCGCACACCCGCCUCUGGAAGAUUGGCUCCCGCAGCCGCUGGUACAUGACGCCCUACCUCGUUGUCCUUUGGGGUGGCUUCGGAGCCGCCAUGUACGCCGCUGGACGCAAGAUUACCGGCCACAACACUUGGUUCGGCAAGGACUAAGCUGGGCCGCAGCAGACUGAUGGCGAGGUACUCUGUGCCGCACAAAUCGCGGCGGAUGUGCGACUAUAUUGUUCUAUAGAGCGGACACAAUAAAACCUCUCGUGGU